AUUUCUUGUAGUCUGCUUUUUUAAUGUGAGCACAGACUUGUUUAUCCACUCUUGGGCGUGGAUGAGCAGGUAUCUGUGUCACCUGAGGGUGGAUCCAAAGUAUAAAUACAAGCACGAGAACAGCAUUUCCACACGGAGAGCAAGACGAGACAAGAGUGUUUAAAGACGUGUUGAAUAUCUGAAAAUCUCAACAUGAGUAAUCCACAACAACAUCAGGGCUGCAAAGAUUCUGGCUCCAUGAGCUCAGGAGACGAAUGUGGACAGAAGCACGGAAAGGGCCAAGGCAAAGAUAAAGGGAAAUCUCAGCAACAGCAAGGACAGCAAGGACAGCAAGGACAGCAAGGACAGCAAGGACAAGGUCAUGGUCAUGGAGGUGAUCAUGGGAAAAAGGGACAAGCAUGUGAGCAGCAAAAAGGAAAAAAGUGUUAAGGUCAUAACCUGAGACCAUGGUGGUCCAUGCAUGUCCUCAUGCUUUACAUAUCAAAACUGGGGUUCAGCUCCAUAUUGUAUUCAAAUAAUGAAAUUAAAACACUCUUAAAUGA